CUCUGGGGGGUGGAAUGAGAAUAUCGUGCCAUUGAUUCUGGAAAGGCGGCAUGUCCCGUACCCACCACACGAGAUGUUAGCCGGCCCAUUGCCCCUUCCAGCCUAGUCACUUGCCACCAUCAAUACCAGAUUGUCCAUUUCAUAAGAGGCUGAGGGUACUCCAGGCACGGCCAGGGGGGAAAUGCUGAAUUUCGGAUGUGAAGACGGUCCUAUCGAGGCCAUGACGGAGCAUGGAACGUUUUCAGGACACACCGCGCAAACCAGACCUAUCGCGAGAAGACAUCGACGAAUUCCUUCGACAGCGGCGGGACAACAGAACCCCCAGAGCGUGCUAUCCCUGCCAUCAACGCAAGGUCAAGUGCAACUACGUGAAGCCUUGUCAGACCUGCAUCGAUCGAGGCUAUCCCGAGAUUUGCAUUUAUGACGCCCCGCGCGCAAAGUCCGUUCUCGAGACCACAGCGUCUUCGAGUGCCGCCAGCACCACCCCCGCAGCUUCAGACGAAGCGGUGCUGACACAGAAAACCGCCUUGCUCGAGCAGACGCUGUGGAGAGUGAAGGAGGACAUUGACCGGGCCCUGGGCGCAUGGACGCCGAGAGCAGAGUCAUCGACGGCCGCGCAGCUGUCGCGACAGAGUCCCAGCAGAGAUGCGACGUGGUGGACAGCUCCGGCACCAGGGCCGAGCACGCGGGGCACUGGUCAACCUGUACACCUGGGACAGAACCCAGUGCAGCCUUCGCUCGUGGCAACAGCGCGCCCCGACCCCGCGGGAUGGGCACAAGACAUCUCGAACCAAGAGAUCCUAUCCAUCUUCGCCCUGGAGAAUCAGUCGGUGACUUACCCCUUUUCUGCCCUGUGGGGACUACACAACGAACCAGCCUCGAGAUUUCAGAGCCUGUGCGAAUUACUGCCGGGCGACGUCGAGUGCCGCAGCCUCUUUACCUGUUACAGCGAGACUGCUCAUGCAGUUUUCCCAGCCAUUCCCGACCUCGACCAAUUUCAGAACGACCUCACCGAAUUCCUCGCGCGACGAUCAAACCCUCAAAAAACACCACGCUCAGAGACGGACACGAACCCGCAUGCGGAGCUCGGCGGCAGAGACCUUCACUGGCUCGGGCUGCUUUUUGCAUGUUUGGCUUCAGGAUGCCAAUAUUCCACUCUUCCAUGUGAAGGGCGCCGCUGGAAAUCGCGGGUAUACGUCUGCUGCGCCUACGAAUGCUUGCGAUCUACCAACUACCUCGGGUACCCAACUCUAUUCGACGUUCAAAACAUGUUGGUCAUUGCCGAUGUCAUGGCCAACAGCCACGAUGCGGGUGUUGCAUGGUGCUUCGAGGGGUUGACUAUCCGGCUGGCACAAAGCCUUGGAUUACACCUUGACCAGCCCCUUUCCACACCAGACAGCCUGCAAAGGCUCCGAAAAGAAAUAUGGUGGCGCAUCGUAUGGCAAGAAAGUUCGCUUGCCUUAGCCUUCGACAGACCUUCGACACUCCAAGUCCAAAGAACGAUCAUCACUCCCGGAACUAACGAACUCUCCUACAACGAUUGCAUGAAGACAAUCUGCGAGAUCGGUCUGGAAAUCGUCCGGGAGCGUUCUACUAGAGGAGCCGGACAAUUUACCCUUGAAGAUAUAUCGCGGUUUCUGGGAGCCCUGAACGAAAUGACCCAAGAGGCAGCACCGUACCUCAAGGAUGCGACACUUUGCCACACGACCAAAGCUCGGCUGGAAUACUGGAGCUUAUAUCUACACCGGUCUUACGUCAAUGCUGAGCUCUAUCGGUCACUUCUUCGAGACCGGAGCUCCAGUCCGGACGACUUGGAUGCCUAUGUGCGAUGCCUGAGCGGCACGAUUACUGGCUUCCUCCACCUCCAGGUGAUUGCCCCGGCAGUCAAACAGUCUUCGAUAUUCGUGCAGAGAGCACUGAGCUCCGCCUUGAUGUUGUGCACCAUGGACGAUCUGAGCAGGACGAGACCGGUCCAGUACCUGGUCCACAAUUUCAUCUCGGCCAUGAAAAGCCCCUGCACACACUGCGCUGAGGCGCACUUGCCUACUCCUUUCUCCAAAUCCAUUACCAGACUGCACGAAAUGGCGGCGACGCGGUGGAGUUCGGACCCUCCAAGCUUUUCGAUUGUUCGGAUGCCGACAGGAGCGGCAGAGUCUCAUGAUCAUAUGAACUGAGAUGAUCGGUAAUGUGCAAUUACUUUUCUUUUGCGUUGUCAUGGGGAAAAUUGGUCGAUAGCCCGCAGGCCGGGUGUUUGCUCGAGACCUUUUAUGCGGUGGCCGGUCCCCCCAGACAUUCAACAAUCACACCACCUGGGGAAAUUUCACGGGGGGGGACUGAGCUUUGAAGGAAGGGGAUGCCCAGAAAUGGUGCUCACAAACCACUGGCCGGAAAAGGCAUGCGGUGAUAUUCCCAAAGAGUGUUGUGCGACAACCAAGCGACGGGUAUUUAUAGAGGGUCUUCGUCUUCUGGCACAUGCUUCCAGGCUUGUUAUACUAUAUAAUUGUAUCUCCCUCCGCCGUCCCAACUCAC